AUACAAAGUUUUCCGCUACUUGAAGGUCGAAUGCGUUGCAGUUGACCUUUCAAGGCUACUGUUACUGCAUUCUCUUGGUGUACGGUCGAGUAAUUUAUAACCACUUGAAUUAUAUUGGUAUUAUAGUCUGGAAACUAAAUCGCUAUUAUAAUGUAGGAGGAAUGAGGACACAUGUGUCUGUGAAAAUAUACAACAUAUUCUGAGUGUGGUAUGAAAUGAAUAUAAAUAUAUAUAUGGUUAAGCGUUGUAAAAUGUCUAGUCGUCGACCAGAUAAAACUUCGGAAUACCCACAUACUAUCUCUACUUCACACUUUCAAUUGAGAAUAAUUUCGUUUUCCUUGUAUUCAUUCUGAGGAGUCUAGGACGACUUUCCCACAUGAAAGAUUCAUAAACAUCUAGGCGGGUUGUGUUGUUUGUAGAAAAGUGGUUGUUACGAUCCUACGAGACAAUGAUACAUCGGUGCACAUAUAAGUUCUUCGCGUGAUUUCGGUUUCUACCAUAUUGAUGGACAGUGACCAGUCCUCAAUAAUACAACGCAACGUGCCAGAUUCUUCUUCUACUUUUUGGCUAUGAAAUCGUCUUCUGAAGUCGUACAUCAAACACAAAUAUCGUGAUAUGCGGUUUUAAAAUUCAUAUCUACCAACAGUUGUUUAUACCCACAGAAGGAAUCUAAAUCAAUUAUGAUUUCACAUCAUCGAAUUCAUAUGAAUGCCAGAGAUGCAGCAGUGAAAUCCAUUGAAGAAUUAGCGCAGUAUUUUAAAGUUGACUUACAAAAUGGUCUUGAUCACACUGAGGCCCAGCUACGACUUCAGUUGUACGGUUCAAAUGAAUUAAAACAUCCCGAUCCGGAUCCAUUAUACAAAAAGUAUCUUGAACAAUUCAAAGAACCUAUGAUUUUGUUACUGCUAGCGUCCGCUUGCAUUAGUUUCAUCUUGAAACAGUAUGAUGAUACAAUUAGCAUAACUGUUGCUGUUUUAAUAGUAGUUACUGUUGCGUUUAUACAAGGCUACAGAUCGGAGAAAGUUUUGGAAGCUUUGCAAAAAUUGAUGCCACCAAAAUGUAGUUGCCUGCGUAAUGGUGAAGUACACACAUUUCUAGCUUCAUAUCUUGUUCCUGGUGAUAUUGUCUGCUUGUCAGUGGGAGAUCGUAUACCAGCAGAUUUACGACUAUUUGAUCUUGUUGAACUAAGAAUGGAUGAAUCAAGUUUGACCGGAGAAACUGAAGCUGUCGCCAAGUCUUCCGAAAUACUUACUUCACACUCUCCAUCAUCAACUGUAUCUGAGUUAAUGAAAUUUUCUUCAACACAAAAUGUUAGUUUAGGAGAUAGUGAAGCUGUUGAUCGUUUACGAGGAUGUCAUGAUCUAAAAAAUAUUGGUUUUAUGGGGACAUUAGUCUGUUCCGGAACCGCUAAAGGAUUAGUAAUUGGAACUGGUGAACAUUCUGAAUUCGGUGAAGUUUUCCGAAUGAUGCAUUUGGAAGAAGCACCACGUACUCCACUUCAAAAAAGUAUGGAUAAACUGGGUAAACACUUAUCGGCUAUUUCGUUAAUUAUCAUCUCCAGCAUAGUUACUAUUGGUUUGUUUCAAGGUCGACACAUUCUAGAGUUAUUGAAUAUUGGUGUAAGCUUGGCAGUUGCAGCCAUUCCCGAGGGUCUUCCUAUUGUAGUAACUGUAACUUUGGCAAUUGGACAAAUGCGUAUGGCAGCGAGAAAUGCUAUUGUUAGACGAUUACCGGCAGUUGAAACUCUUGGUUGUGUGAAUGUUGUCUGUUCAGACAAGACAGGAACUAUGACAAAAAAUGAAAUGACAGUAUCACAUGUAGUAACUGGAUCCUUAGAAAGAUUCACAGUUCCAUUAGAAUACAGUUGUGACAGUACACCUUCCGUUCGUUUGAGUACAGAUAAUAGUGGUGAUGAUAAAAUGACGCUAAAUAACAUCGGUAAUCACAUCCCGACGCAUAUUAGAUCAGUUUCAUCCGGUGAACUACGCACACCUUAUUAUUAUCCACCUGCCUUGGACAGUAUUUUGCAAAUUGGUUGUCUUUGUAACAAUGCCACGAUUCGAGGUGACCAGUUGUUUGGACAACCUACCGAGGGUGCAAUUUUGAAACUGGCCUCUCAAUUACAUGUACCGGAUGAACGCGCCUAUUACACUCGCUUACAGGAAUGGCCAUUUAGUUCAGAAUCAAAACUGAUGAUGGUCAAGUGUGUGCGAAAUAAUCAGUCAUCAACAUCUGAAGAAGCAGUCUAUUUCGCCAAAGGUGCUGUGGAUCAAAUACUAAAUCGUUGUACAUUUUCGUCAAUUUUCAAUAAUCCUGCAACUUCAAUACCACUAUCACCUUCUGAUCAUUCACCUAUGUCAAAUCGUUAUUCCGAUAACUGUGUAAAGCCAUUGAAUUCAGAAAUUAAAAAACAAAUAUGCAAUGAAGCCUCUGCACUUGGUAACUUAGGCUUACGUGUACUAGCGUUGGCUAAAGGCACUCACUCAGGACAAAUGGUUUUUCAUGGAUUGAUUGGUUUAAUUGAUCCACCACGUCCUGGCGUAGAAGCAUGCAUUAGAAUACUCUGUGAAUCUGGUGUACGUGUGGUUAUGAUAACUGGAGAUGCUAAAGAAACCGCCUGCACAAUAGGCUCACGAUUAUCUCUCUAUCGACCUGGUGAUUUGUGUCUUAGUGGCGAAGAAGUAGAACAAUUAAGCGCUGAACGAUUGAAGUCGAUUGUACGCAAUGUCACUGUGUUCUAUCGAUCUGGACCAAAACAUAAGUGUAAAAUUGUUAAAGCCUUUCAACAAUGUGAUUUAGUUGUAGCAAUGACUGGAGACGGUGUAAACGAUGCAAUAGCAUUGAAGUCAUCCGAUAUUGGAAUUGCAAUGGGGCGAACGGGAACAGAUGUUUGUCGUGAAGCCUCAGAUAUAGUCUUGUUGGACGAUAAUUUCGCAACAAUUUUAGCAGCAAUGGAAGAAGGCAAAGCAUUAUUUCACAAUAUAAAAAACUUUAUAGGAUUUCAAUUAAGCACAUCUAUAGCUGCAUUAAGUUUGAUUGCGCUGUCAACGUUAUUUUCCCUACCAACUCCAUUGAAUCCAAUGCAAAUUCUGUUUAUUAAUAUACUUAUGGAUGGACCUCCUGCUCAAAGCUUAGGCGUAGAACCACCAGACCCACAUGUGGUCAGACAACCUCCCAGACGGGCUAAAGACUCUAUUUUGGAUGGCCGUUUAAUGUUCAAUGUUCUGACAGCCUCAUCUCUCAUUGUCGCUGGUACAUUAUGGAUAUUUUAUAGAGAAUUAUCUGAUGGGAAAGUUACACCACACGACACAACCAUGACAUUUACAUGCUUUGUACUUUUUGAUAUGUUCAACGCAUUGAGUUUUCGAUCACAGAGCAAGUCGAUUUUCUCGUUGGGAUUUCUAACAAAUCGUGUGUUUGUACUAGCAGUCGGCUUAUCACUAUUUGGUCAGUUAUUAGUAAUCUAUUUUCCACCUUUACAAGCUGUCUUUCAAACUGAAGCCUUAACAUUAAAGGAUCUAGGCAUGUUGGUUUGUUUAACAUCAUCUGUCUUCUUUGUGUCUGAGUUGCGCAAACUUAUCCAUAUUCGAAAACCUGUUCGACAUUGGACAACACACCUUCUGUCUUAUGUCAAAUUACCAAAACACAUGAAAAUGGAUGAUAACAUGGUAUGACGGAUGUCUUGAUGGUACUUUUCAAAUGGAGAAUAACACACUGUCACCGCAGUGUCUACCUUCUUUGUAUAAAGACGGCAAGAAGAAAGAAUAGAAUGAGAAAAAAAUAUUUUUAUUGCCUUAUUUGUAUACAUCAGUCCUUUUUGUUUGUUUGUUUGCUUGCUUGUUUUUAUUUACACACACACUCAUAUGUUGCGUAAUGAUGAGAGAAAUAAGCAUUUGUUUGCUGAAAGAAAUGCAUCAAGUCUAAUUAUUUUUGAGUGCCUCUCAGUGACAAUAACUUUAAACCGCUGAUUCUUAACACAUUCUACCAUGAUUAAUAGAUAUGCUGUUGAGAGAUUUAAAAAAUAUAACAAAUACACAUAUUCAUGCACAUCAAGUAAUACAUCAAUUUCAGCAACGAUGCCUUUGAUACACAUACCAUCUGUGAGAGCUACUCGUUAACUAACUGAAACAGUGAGUAAAUUGUCGAGUGUGAAUACCUCACUGGUGAAUCUCCAUUUCUGUUUUAAACAAUUCUUUCUUCAUAUUUUCUAUGAACCAAGUGAGAUUUUCCCUGUUUUUGGUUGCCUAUUUUCACAAACAGGUUUUUGCUGCUCUGUGUGUGUGUGUAUGUUCGAUUGUAAAUAACCACUACUUUAAAGCCUAAUUUACUACACCUUUAGAAGAUAACUAACUUUAUAUUAUGAAUAGUAGUUGGCUUAUUUUGCUGCAUAAUUCCCUUGAUCUUUCUCCUCUCAGCCAAGUUGCCUGGUUCUUGUUCCCUGUCUUUCUUGUCAAUGUUUCCUCUUGUCUCUCCGUUAUAGAUCGGAUUGUUGACCGUUUUUUCGAACCUUUGUCGUUUUGUGUCUUUCUUUUUUUUUGAUAGUAUUCCCCAACUUCAUACAUAUGUUUUAUGUACUGGCUGAUCUUUUUACAUUUGAUUAUUAUUGUUAUUAUUUCCUCAAAAAAUGAUACAUUUAGUUUUAAUCUCAGUGAAUUUGCUGCUGGUUAUCGUGACCGGUAAUUAUCGCUUGUUACAACUGAAUUCACCGCCAAAUCCGACACUUUUUUACCCCUAUCUUAUAUCUUUCAGUUCAUUUCUUGAUUUCACUGUACGUCUUUCUGAAGCGAGAAAGCACAAUGAUGGAUAAAUGAAUAAAAUUAAACCGAUUGUUCGCGGUAAAAUCGAAAAAAGUAUAUAAAAAAAAGAAAUAAUUUUGUUGGAAGUUC